AAUAUAUAAACACCAUCACAAGCCUUACUUAAAACCCCGCACAAACACACACCUACAUAAUUGUUCGUUAUUGCUUAUCUCUUGAGCAUGCAUACUCUCCGCUCUCACAGUUAAAUGUAAUGAUCCGCUCUCCACGCUCACUGAUCAACAACAGCAGCAACAAGUUGACCAUCAAAAGACAAACUAACAGAAUUUUCCAUCUUUCUUUUGGUCUUUUCAGCCACUCACAGCUAGCUACCGUCUCUGCUGUGGACGUUCUUCGUCGGUCGGAAUGGCUUCGUGGGCUAUCACCAAUGGGCACGAUAUUUACAAAGUGUACGUACGCUCUGCCUGCCUGCCAAUGCAUUUUCAACGCGGCGACAAGCAACUGUAGUUUAGUCAAAAUCGAGAUACCGUUUUGAACGGACGAAUAGAUCGGCGAUCGUAUUCUCAACCGAAGCAAGUUGAUAGAUGAUUAUUGAUAAUCAAUACAAAGAAUAAACGAAUGCAAAUGAAAACAAAUAAAAAAGAAAUUAAAAUAAAAGGAAAUAAAAAGAAAUUCGUUGCAAAACAGAAUACAAAAAGAAAUCUAGCUACAUUUUAUGUGUCUGUUUAUACAAAUAAAUGCAAAUAAACAUAUGUAAAUUUUCUAUGUGCGUGCAACCGUUGACGUAUAUAUAUUAAGUGCAAGUGUUAACAAAAAUAAAAAUAAUUAAAAAAAAAUUAUUAAAAAUAAUUACUUAAAAAAAUUAUUAAAAAUAAUUACAAAAAGAAAUUUAAAAAAAAAGAAAAAUUAAAUAAAAAUUUAUAAUAAAAUUCAAUCAAGCACAACAAAGCGACGAUUAAGAUAAGGCAAUAAAAAUCACGAAUUUAUUACAAAGUGCACGCUAACCAGUGUUAAAUAAUUGAUAUUGAAAAAAAAAAAUAAUAAUAAUAAAAACCAAACAAAUUGUGAAAAAGUGACGAAGUGUUUUGUUAAAGCAAUGUAAAAGCCCAAAGGCAGGCAGAUCAGUGUUUAUAUAAUAUAUAAAUUUCGAAAUUCAAGUGCGAAAAUUAUUGGAAAAAAAUUUUGAAAUACCAAGCGAUUAAGUGGCAUAUGUUUGCUUAAAAAAUAGCAAUAACAAAGUGAAAAUAUCAGAAAAAAAAACAAAUAGUCUUAAAAAAUAUUGUGGAUUAACUGCAAUCUUACAUUUUUAAAAGUAAAACAAACAAAGUGUGUUUACUGGCAAGCGAAUUGAGUUAAAAAGCAUUCAACAACGCCUGCAAACAUAAGCAAUUUCGUACAUAAAAAUUAAUGUAACUGUUUAUUGGCUUUAAUUGGUGUCUUAUCAAAUAGAAAGAUAGUGCAACUUUCAAGCAUUUUAAACGGCUAGCAACAACAACACCAACAACACAUAUGUGCACAUGUAACCAAGAGUUAACUCUCGCUAAAAAAAAAAACAAAACAAAACAAUUAAAUGUUGUACAAGAGACUUUAAUGAUACCACAAUUCGAGACGCUGCACAAGAUCCCAUGCCAUGAUUACCAGAAUACCAGUAGCGACCAAAUUAAUAUCAACAACCAUAAAAACAACAAUAACAACACCUAUAUGUAACCGAUCUAAGUCAAGAGCAAUGCAACAACACGCAAAAACGGUAGAUUUAACGACCACACCAACACAACCAACACCACCAACAGUCAAACACUCACAUAGUCAUACAACGAGCAGAACAACAACAACAAUGCAUUGCUGGAAUAUACCUACUCUGCAGGUGUUGUUGCUCGCAUGCAUAUUACCACUGCUAUUGCCACCGUCCACACGUCGGUCAUACGCCGCCGUAGCAUUGCCGAUCACGUCGAAGCCCAUCGAGGGCACCGCUGAAAAUCUUGCCUGGCAGGCGUGGCUCAUGUUGCCGCCCGAACAGCGUCAGCUGGAGAAAUCGCGUAAAGUUACGCCGAAAUCGAUAUUCUCGUUACCGUUUCGCGAUUGUCCGCCCGGCCAUCAGCUAUUUCAGUCGCGUUGCAUACCAACCGUUAACAUCAAUCAGAGCGAUUUGUUGACACAACAAGUGCUCGGCUUGUUUGUUGGCGCUGAGGCGGCUGGCGGUGCGGCUGCUGGGACGGCAGGUGGUGCGAAUGUAUAUGAAUUCGAUUAUGGCGAUGAAGAGUAUGAUUUGGGUUUGGGCGAAGGGGAAGGUGAAUCGGUAAUGUUGUUCGAUGUGCCGCAGCCCUUCAAUAGUGGUGGUGGUGGUGUCGGUAGUGUUGGUACAGCUGCUGGACCAAGUAAUACACAGCACACACCUGUACGCGAUGAACCGUUGAAAUUCAAUCUGUUUGAGCAAAAAUUUCCAACAAAUGAUUAUGAAGCGGAUUUAAGUAGUGGCAACGCUAUGGAGGGUAGCGGUAGCGCACGACCAUUUCCAGAGCUGCUGGCCCCCACGAAUGGGUCUGAAGGUGAGCGCAUCGAUGAAGCUGGCAAUGACAAUGAUGCUGGUGCAACAUUUUUUAAUUCAUCACUGUUUUUAGAUGCAGUGCAGGGGUUCUUUCAACGCCAUGCCGCAGGUGGUGAUGCGGACAAUAAUGCAACUUUGGCGGCCGCAAUCAUUAGCACCAACAACACUAAUAGCACCGACCACAACAAUCGCAUUGUGAAUGGCAACAGCACCGACCGUCAGGUACCGAGCGACGAUUUACAUGCCGCUGGUAGCAAUGUAUCGGCGUUUUCUGUCGACGACAUCGAUGCGAUUAUAUUGCCUGCCGUGAGCCCAGGUACCACAGUGAAAACAAUCAGUGGCGGCGGUGAUGAGGGCGAAGGGGGCAGUGCUGAUGUUGACCUUGAACCGCAGCAUAUAUCACUUUUCAAGGAUGAGCAUAGUAUAAAGCUGCUUGCAACGGUAAUUGCACAGCAACCAGCAAGCGAUAACCGCAUAGGCGGUGAUAGUGUUGCUGCUGGUGGCGACUUAAUAGCGGCCUCCGCACAUCAGCAACCACAUACCGUUGCCCAAUUUUUACGCACCGAUGCACUUUUGCCCUUGAGCAGUGUGGCUCCUUACAUUACAACAACAACAACAACAAGAGCAUCAACAACGACAAGAGUAUCCACAUUUGAAGGCCGUGCAACAGCGAAAAGACCAGCAGUAAGCAUGGCGAAAGAUGAGCACCCACGCAACGUGACACAGAAGAGCACCGCGACUGCUGAUGCUAUUUCCUCUUCAACCGAUACGGAUGCGCAGGAGACGAGUUUCAUAACCACCACCGAGCCGGAGGGCACAACAAAUUUUCAAAUUGAUGAAACAACAGUUGUCGAGGUGAGUGCUGGGGACGCCGACGCGGCAUUGCCGACAAGUAGGGACACCUUGCUAGAGGCGAUUUUAAGGCAGCAACAUUUGGAGGGGCAGAAAUCGAAAGUCGAAAAGUUGAAAGACGUGCCAACGGCAGAUGUGCUUUUAAGUGCAGUUAAUGAAGAAACCACCACAACAGAAACAUCAACAACUACAACCGAAAUCGAGACCAAGACAACAACAAAUGAAAUCAGCGAAACAGCAACACAGACCGAAACAGCGGCAGAAACCGUGAAACCCAACAGCAAACUGAGCGCAGCAACAACAACAACACCACAACCGUUACCCACCAGUGCAGCCACUGCGCCUUCGCUAAUAAUCGCAACAACAACAACUGCGAAAUCAAUCUUAGCCGCCAACAGCACACCAAGCACGUACCGGUUUCGCAGCACACCCACCGUCGCAUCCGCCGCUGUCACUGCCAUACACACAGUUACGAGUAAACAAGUCCCGGUCGUUGUCGCCACAACCGUCCCGCAACAGUUCGCAAGCACACACCAAGCGGGCGCGGAGAUGACGACGACAAAAACAACGAAAACAACAAGUUUAAACGACGACGCCGUUGGUAGUGGAGAGGCUGUGAGUGAUGUGCCGAGGAGUGGCAAUAACGACGAUUUAGUGAAUGUUGUCGCUGCCAGCCGUAACAGCAUUAACGGCGACACCAAUAAUGACUUGAACAACAAGCGUAAAGAAAAUAACAAAAAUUCUCCAAAACGCCGUGAGCCCGCGGCGGCAGAAGUGAAUAUCGAACAAGAAUUGCGAAUGAUUAAUGAAUUGGUGAAGGGCAAUCGACAGUUGGCCGCGACAAAAAUGGCAGCUAUAAAGACAACAGAAACAGAAUCGGCAACAACAACAACAACAACAACAAGGGCACCACCACUACUAGAUAGCUCAACGCAACUGACAAUUGCAAGCGAAACCAAUUCUGCACUUGAGGUGCAGAAAUCUGCAGACACAAGAGCGGCAGCGGGUGAGCUGGGUGCUGUGAGUGCAAGUGGCGAGGUUGCGGUUGAGGUGCGGCAAGGUGUUGUUGGUGCAACAACAACAACAACAACAACAACGGACAAUGUACGAGCAGUUGAAGGCACUACUACUUUGGUUCCAACGCCAGCAUCCGCGUCCAGUGAUAUUUUUACAACAACAACAACAAACACAAAAAUAACAACAGCUAAAAUGGAAAGUGUAAAUCAGUCAAGUGAGGCCACAAUAACGACAGUUGAAAACUCUAAGUUUGCUGCUGCUGAGACAUCGACAACGGGCAACGAGUUGGUGACAAAAACAAGCGCAGAACCAGACUACGAGACCGAGACCGUAGAAGGAACGGUGGAUGUUGUAGAAGGAACCGGCGCGACAACACUUUGGUCGCGUAUUAUGCCUAUAUUUGGUUUUGGUGGAGAAGUAGCGGCGGCAGCAACAGCAACACAGGAAAUUGCAGAGAGUGUAACAGUUAGUAGUAUUGGUAGUAGCAGUAGUAGUAGUAUUAGCGAUAGUAGUAUUAGUUUUAGUGAAAACACUAGAUUUGAUGAACAUAAUAAUAAGCACAACAACAACAAUCACAAUCACAACAAAUUUGAAUUGCCAAGUCGUCGAAAUAGCAAAAUUAUACGCAUCGAUCACUUCGAUGAUAAUAAUGUAGUUAACCCGUCAGCGGCAACAGCCGUAGGAGCAACAACAACAAAUACAUUAAAAGAAACAGCAGCAACAGCAACAGCAAUAACAACAACAGCGAGCGCAAAUCUGAAAACAACAGAUGAUCUUGCCAUAACACCAGAUCAAGAUCCCACAGAAGUGUCCACCUUUUGGUGGCUACCAGCCAAUUGGCGUUUAAAUCGUGACACCAGGAAUGAAGAGCAACAACCGCUGCUUUUCCGUCUGUGGUCUGCAUUUCCCGAAAGUCAAAUGAAGGCCAAAGCUAGCACAUAAUAAAUAAUCAAUUUGAUAUUUCCCGCCUUAAGCAACAGAAUUAAAUAUUUUCAAUUGCUAAGAGCGCGGAAAUUGUUGGGAAAAUGGAAUUUUCGAAAGCUUUUGGGUAACAAUCAUCAGGGUUAGUUAUAUUAAGUGCGUAAAAAGCUAUAUACUGCUUGUGAGCAGCGUUUUUUUUCUUUCAAAGAGCACUCGUACAAAUCACACACAAAAAUACAAAUAUAAAAAGAAGAGAAAAAAUCAGUUAUAAAAUGAAUUAGAUCAAAGCUUAGUGAAAUAGUGACCAUUGCAAUAAAACUUAGUAGAAUUUUUUUUAGUACAAUACAAUAAACAGCUAGAAAAUAGAAAGGUUUGACGUGUUCGUGAAGGUAGUAAAGUUUGGGAGACUGCGAAAAGUGCGCCAAAUGGCGGGGUCAUAUUUUAAUAGAGUUUCAAUGAAAAAGUCGGUUAACGAAAGCUCCAUGCAAUAAGUAAGCAACAAAACUCGCUGAAUAUUACUAAUGUGUGAAUUAAUGUUCUUUCUAUUGUUUAAAAAAGUUUGCACAGGCAAAGUUGAGCAGAGAGCUUUUAGAGCUUUAAGUCUUAAACUGAUACGGAAAGCAAUUAAUAUUGCAGCGUUAUAAAUAUGUGUAUUGAAAAACUCUUUCACUGUGAAAGCUUAUUAGAGAAUAAAAGCUUGGUUGAAAUUGAAAGCUCUUCAAAUGGUAUUUAUUCAAAACACCAGUAAUCACUUUAAAGCAAUUGGCUUAGUAAAAAAUAAAUAUAACAGCUUUAUUAAUUAAGUAAAUGCCGGAAUGUUAGUAAAAAGUGAAAGCUCCGCUGAUGAAGCUAUAUCGUUGCAGUUAAUUUGAUUGAUCUAACUUAACUGUAAAAGCUCUGCAAAUGGAAAUUUUUUCAAAACAAAAAAUUUAUAAGCUCUAAAAAAUUCUGGUGGCUGAAUCUAAUGCAAUGCAGCUUUAUUGAUUUCAGGUCACUGUGAAAGCUUAGUAAAAUAUGAAAACUAUAUACAUGUAUAAGACUUUUACAAAAUAUAUAUGUAUGUGCGGUUAAAGAAAUCGAACAAAAAAUUAAUCAAAAAAUAUUGAUUGCACUCAGUUUUCACAAUUGCAAUUUGAAAGUUUCGAAACACAAGCAUGCUUAAAGCUUAUGCGAACAUCUUUAUUUCAAUAAUUUCAGUUUAUUAUGAAAGUACAGAAAAAAAUUAAAUAACGCUGUAAUUUGAUGUUUUUUACCAUGUUUGGGUUAUAAGCUGUUUUAAAUCAACAUGCACUUAAAAAUAUAUUUACUGCAUUCGGUGCAUUAUAAAAGCUUUGUUAGAUAUGAAAGCUCAACACAUGAAA